GUCGUCUCGAGUUUCGCACUUUGCAUUUGCUCUGUCUGAGCCGGAGCCGGAGCGCUUGCCGUUUGAUCGGUUCCAAUCGCCGUACUGUCGUACUCGUACUGUACUUGUCAUGUCAUAAGGGAACAGGAGGAGGUGUGUGGUGUUAAAUAAAGUGCAAUAUUUUCUAGAUUAACUAAAAUUUGAAACAAAGAACGUGACAAGAAAAAUAUGUGAAUUUUGUAUGUUACAUAAUAAUUUUUUUAUUUCCUCGAGUAUUUGUUAAUUUGCGUGGGCUGAAUUUUCGGGGCGAAACUUGUGAUAUGAACAAAAUUGAGAUGGCUGAAGCUGCAUCACCUAGUACAGAAAUGCCACACUCAGGUGGAGAACCAGGGACACCAAUGGGUUCAGUUGUUGGUGCUUCAGGUGAACUUGCGGGACUGAGCCCAGAAGAAGCCGAAUUGAAAAGAGCUGAGUGGAGCCAAGAGCUUGCAAGAGUGGAAGAAGAAAUUGGUACUCUAAGAACUGUUUUGGCAAGCAAAGUUCGAAGAAGUGGAGAACUGAAAGCUAAGUUAGGUAUCACUGUUUGGAAAGAACUAACUGGGGAUGUCAAUCAAAGUCUACGUACUGUUAAAGAGAGUCAAGUCUAUGGUAAUAUUGAAAAUUGUAUUGGACAAAUAAGUAAAGCUGUGACUAGUGCACCUAUUUACCAGAAAACAGAAUUGGUACUGAAAUCUACUGCCGAAAAAACUACUUCUUUGUUAGGUGGAAUAACUGGUGGUUUGACAUCCAAAAUUGGUCAGAUGAGAAAUUCUGAAUCUUUCAAAUCACUAGAAGAAAAAAUGGGUUCAGCCUAUGAAAACGUUAAGACUAAAGUUUCAUCAUCUCGUUCUAAUUCUAUUCAGAAUUUUGAUGAAGCAUUGCGUGAAGCUAACAAGACUCCUGCUACAACUCCUACUAUUCCUGAAAAUUCAAUUAUCAAACAGUAGCAUUUGCUACAAAGCUACUCUUGAUGUUUUAUUAAAUUUUUAAAAAUAUAGUAACAAGGAAAAGUCCGGCCAACGCGAUGAUGUUAUAUACUACACAUACUUGUUUCACAUAGCUUUAUUGUAAAUCAUUUUCAAUACAAUUCAUAAUUAUUAAAUGUGCCUGUUAUAACUAUAGCUUAUUGAAGA